AUGUCUCUCCCCGCGCGCACACCACAAUUAGAAGUGGGCCCGUCACCUUGGAAGCUAGAGGACGCCCCUACCUAUCGUGACGAGUGGAGUCGACAGCACCCCGCGCUCUCCCUCCUCUACCACCAUGACGUCAUUACUCACCUUGUGUGGUGCGCUGUUGCGUGCCGCUAUUUGACCGGCGGAGAAGAUGGGGAAGUCAAAAUCUGGAAAUCAGAACCGUCGCACUCGCGGUCGGCCGCUGCGCUUUUCAAAAAGCCGUCCGUGAGCGGUGCCGCGCGGCCGUGGCUGCUGCCGGAGCGUCACAUCCUGACACUGAACGGCCCUGUAACGGGGUUGUGUGUGACAGACAAAGAUGCAGGAAACUCCGAGGUGGCUGUGGUUGCCUCCACCGACGGCACACUGACGUUGUGCCGCACCAACACCGGCGAGAUCGUGCGCACGCUUCGCGGAGCGCGAGGAGAGUCAGUGGAGUCGUAUCAGGUGCCCGCCGUACAUGCACGAAACGCGAGCUUGCUGGAGGCUGAAGCGGAGGAGCUGGUGGGCGACCGAGCAUCAUGCCGCCCCCUUGAGCAGCCGCGCUGUUACCCCGCAGAUGCGAUGAGUCGCCGCAUUGCCCCCAUGUCCGACUUGGCCAUCGUGCGGCGUCCCAUCUACGCCAUCCAUGCCUACCGCGACGAGGUUCGCGACGUGUUUACUGGGCCGUCAAACGGCUUCUUUCACGGCCUGAACGCUGUAGCACCGACGUAUGCGCAUCUGACCCCGCACGAGGAGACGGUGGCGGACGUGCUCGCGGCGUUUGGGACGCUCGCGACGACGGGACCGGACAGAGCGGCGGCCUCGACCGCGGUGUCACCGCGGCAGUGGUUUGCGUCUUCCGUGGCGCUCGUCGUCGCACCGGACACGCGUCGGGGCCCCAGUUCCUCUACCACUGGUGAAGCUGCGCCGCAGUCCGCGCAGGACGUGUACCUCCUCCUCGGUUUCCCCGAAGGUCUCCUGCAGGUGUAUGUGUUGCCGCGGCGGUGGUUUCAGUUGCACCUGCACUGUGAAACGCGCCUCGAGCCGCCGAGUCUUCGCGUUCCUAUUGUGUCCGCAAAGGCGCACACUGCCGCGGUCGUGCGAAUCGAAGUGCUGCCCGUCAAGGAUCUCGUCGUGUCCGUGAGUGAGGACGGCACGACUCAGCUGCGGCGCCUGACAGCUCUCCAGGCACCACUGCGCCAGCUCGGCACCUGCGUGGUACCUGCGCCCCAUGCACUUGCCUCCUCUCCUGUUUUUUCCUCUCUGUCGCCCGCACAGCACCCCGGUAAUGUCGGCGUCAACCAAGGGCAUAGCCGCCGUAUCACGUGCUGCUGCAUGGACGCCGCCCACCAGCUGCUCAUCACCGGCAGCGCCGAUCACACGCUGUGCUGGUGGAGUCUGAUGGCGGGCAGUCCAUCUACCCCCGUGCGCGUCCUCUCCUUGCGUGACACCUCUUGCAACGUGGUCGACGCGGCCGUGGCGGCAGCGGGGGUUGGACCGCCCAACGUGCACGGGGGCUUUCCCCUCGACGUGAGCUUCUUCCACCGUCGGUGCUGCCGCCGCGGCGGUGUGGGUGCGGACGAGGGCGGGACCGGUGAGGGAACCUCCAGCGACGCAGACAAAGACAUGCUCCUACUCGUGCUGGACUCGGAGCAGUUCGUGCGCGUCUUCGACGCCCUCAACGCCAAGCUUCUUCUCAUACAAGCAGAGACGUCUCCUUGCGGUGAUGCCCGGAUGCGGCGCAACGUGCGGCUUCUCCGCUACGACAACGUCAAUGGAGCCGAUCGGUUGAUUCUGGGCGGUCUCUCUCUACUGCCAUGGUAUCUCUCAACGAUAUCCGAGUCGAACGCCGUGGAUGGACACUUGGAACCGAUUAUAUUUGCGAUGUGGUCUGCGGCGCUCAAGUGCGUCAUCUCCGCGGACGCACAUCAUGUUUUGCUGUGGCGCCUCGGCAGCAUUUCUGACUGUGACGCACAAAACAACACCGCGGCAUCUGCGGCGACGACGCCGCAGAAGGAAGACAGACAAGCAUCAGUACAUGUGCUGCGGGUGUGGAGAAUCCCGCCCGGCAUUCGCUCCAUCACUCUCUGCGACGGCGACCGGACGGACAAAGCCGGCGCUAGGCUCCCGUCGUUGCUCAUCGCAUUAAAGGAGCAGCCGCUGCUGGUGCAGUACGAUUGCUUGGCUGAGAACCCUUUCCUGGCCUCAGCGUCCGCAGCGGCCGUAGAGAGUGGGCAGCUGCGAGAGCCUUUGCCGCUGCGCCAGCUUGUGCUGCGAAUGAAAAGUGAUGACAUCGAUGGCACCCGACGUAACGUCACAGAUCUCGCGGCGGUUUCUACCGCUGCGAGGCACAAUGCCGCGCACGUCGAGAGCACCACAUCUGCGCCCACGGCGUACGUCUGCGCAGUGUGUCCGCGUGGGAAAGUACACGGUGCGCACGACAACGAUCGCGGACAAGGGAGUGUGCUGAUGUACACGUUAGGUGACAUCGGCGUCGACGUGGCGUCCGCAGAUGGCGGUGCUGGCGACCAGCUCUUUCCUUCGCGAGAAGUACGUCUUUUGCAGAGAAAAGGUCGGCCCGGUGAAGCGUCCACACACGAGAUGGCCGACGAAGUGGUGAGUGUGUUAGCCGUGCCAAAAAACCGAUUGCUCGUCUUAGGUGGUCGCCGGGUGCUCUACGUGACCUCCUUGCUCAGCUCGACCUCAUCGACCACGCCGUGCUCCCUUCUUUCCCCAGCCCCGGUGGGUACGCGGCGCCCGCCCAAAAGCAGCGCGGCCCCUUCUUGCGCCACGCGCUGCGCCACGGCUGUGUUUCCGGGGCCACUGACAUACCGCGACGACGGUGAAGGCAACGCCGUGCAGGGCAAAGGUAACGCUGUGGGUGGCGACGCCGCCGCAACGGUCGAUCUCACCGUCGACGUGGCAUCCCCGACGGCAUCGCUCGAAGGCUAUCUCUCGCGUCUCGUCCACAUCGCAUGUGCCGCGGAAGAGCAAGAAGGGGAACAAAUGGAGCCGCCUCCGUGUUUAAUUCUCUCUGGAAGCAACGUGGGCGUGGUGCAGUUGUGGGACGUGCAAGAUCGAACGGAGCUGUGGCGCUUCCACGUGUCGCUCUCGCAGGAGCCGAUCACCGCCCUCGCCGCGCAGCGCUGCGCCGCCGGCGCCGCUCGCUGGCUCGUCGCGGUGGGUGACCAAACCGGUGUGGUGACGGUACUGGACUUGACUGGAGUGAUAGCUUCCGCGCAGGGGCGUGCUGUCGUCUCUGUUUCUGCUGCUGCGGCGCCAUCGUCUGUACCUUCGCUGGAUGUAGUGGAAGGUGCUUUCAUGGUUGACCGGUGGCAGGCGCACACGGAGACGGUAUCGGGCGUCUGCUUCGGCGAAGCGGAGCCGCACACGGGCGAGGACCAGCUCCUCUUCACCACGGGAGAGGAUAAGUCGGUUGUGGUGUGGACGUUACCCAUGUUGCCGUCGAGCAUGUUUGGCUGUGUGCAGACGGGCAAAAGACUGUUCGACCAACGUACAAGCUACUCAAUAAACCCGAGUCUUACUGGACUUCCGAGGGCUACGCGGGGCGCUUAUGCGAAGUUGCAACAAUGCUACGUGCGUCGCGGUCUCUUCGACCGGUAUCCUGAGCUGGUGUCCGCAUUCACGUCGCUCUACAUGCAGCCUGCUGCCACCGAUGGCCGUGUAGCAGGCGAGAAUGAAAAGGAAGAGGCCCUACUCGACCACGCGUGGAAUAUUCUCGUCGCCGACGCCCAUUCCGUGUUGUCGGCAACGGGCAGCACGUCACGGCUGGCCGAGACGACGGUGGAGAAGUGGUGCGUUUCUCUCCUUGCUGCGCCGCCACCUGCAGCGCCGUAUCACUCGACGGAUCACUGUAGCAUCAGCAGCAGCCUUGUCAGCGACUCCUUGCCGACAGCCUCGCUGGUCUUUGCCUUCGCGGACCGCUGCUGUGGUGUUGAUCCGCGAUUGAAGGGACUUUCGCAGCGACUAGCUGCGCAGGUCAGCCGUGCGAGGCCGUUUUCCAUGGUGCGCGAGUCUCUGCGCGGCGCCGUGCGUGCAGUGGUGCAGGGCUCCACCGCCCACCGCGUUCAGCACUUGUCGCCUUCAACACCACCCCCGUUAACUGUUGAGAAAUCCGUCUCCAAGGGCGACGUUAACACUGCCGCUGCUUCCGCCGUCACCCGGCCAGCAGUGGAGCUCUUCUCCGCUGUCGCCACCAUCACCACGCUAGCACGCAUGCCUGCACUAGCAAACUCCACAGCACUUCCGUGGACAGGCGCGCUCACAUCGAUCUCCCCCCCUGUACCCGGCCCAUUCUCCGUGGGUGAGAAUGCCUUCACGCCUGGGUUAAAUGACGUGCCCCCCAUCCUGCCGCAGCCGCAGCGAAGCCCACCCGCACCGACCACGCGCCGUGUGCUGUUUGACGAGAAAGGCCACCAGAAGAGAUCCACGAAGGAAGUAUCUGCCGCAGACAGAACCAAAAGCGUAUCCGCGCCGAGUCAGGGGUACCGCGUGAUGUUCGGCAAUUCCGCCCCACUCGUUCGCAGUAAACCCGUUAGCGCACAUAGCUCCUUUACUAAUGUAAAACAUGAUGACGAGGAGAGCCCGCUCGCUUGUCCGGCUGUCACACAGCACCCCGCGCGCGGCCACCGGGACAGCAGCAGCAGCAGUGCGGCCCGCGAAACUAUCGUGACAGCACCAAGGUUUUCUCUCUCGGAGGGCCCCACCGGCGCGUCGAGCGGCAGGGGCAGCGGCGGCAAUGCAGCGGCCCUCUCGGAGGCCAAGUGGGCCGGGAAGGCGAACCGCAAGCUGACCCGUGAGUCGAUCAGCCGUGGUGUCGUGGUGGCGAAGGACAACAGCGACGCUAUCCUCGACGAGGAGGACGACUCGCCAUACCCGGCAGCUGGUGAGCGUCGCACCACGGAGAGCAUCCAAAAGAAAAGUAAUUGUACCCAACCGAAGUCUUUCAAAAGCACGAAUGUCCCCCAGCCGGCGCACCCCAUUGUGGCGGACGCCUAUCUCACCCCUGCGCUUGCCCGAAUCAAAACGAAUGCCCCGCAGGCGAGCCGCAACGAACGCAGCAGCAGUCUUUCGUCGUCGCAGCUGUCGUGGUACGCCAUGCGGCAGCGCAGGCGCGAGGUCGCGAAGGAAAACGCGCGUCUGUGGAAUACACCUCGGGUGAUGCGGACGCUUUUGGGGUGGAGCGGCACCGCACCGACGAGUGGCGUAGUGAGCCCGAAUUGCGGCAGCGCGGCGCCAAGUUGGUGGAAAGGUCAGAGAGCGCCGUUGCCGCUGGCACUGAGCGACGGCGAUGCCACCGCAGUCGCCAAGCGUGCUGAGUUAACAAAGGGACUCGCGCUUCCCUGCAUCCUGGCGCCGCACACAACGAACUCGCAAUCUCUCCGACGCGACGGUUCGCUCUGGGCGCUGCCGAAGUCAAACGCCCUGCCAGACCUCCUUCGCGUUUCGCCGACGGCUGCUAUCGACGCCGCCGUGCACCCUGGUCUGCCCACACGCUCCACGCUGCGAAGUGAGAUGGCGGCGAUGAAGGCGACAAUGCGGCAGUCGGUGCAGCAGCGCGCCACGCAGAGACGCCUGCAACGAGCGACGAUAGCAGCAGAAGAAACAGUUGACGACAUCCCCCACGCGACUGUAGAGACCGACGUAACAGAGGUGGUUUCAAAGAGCGCGUUAACGGACGGCCUGAGCGACAAUGCGGCCGAAAGCAACGACUUAGACGACGACGAUCUUGCUGAAGAUGCGCGUGAGUCUCCUGUCGCAUCCUCGGAAACAACAGCAACGCCUGUGCAGACGAACGAGCUCUCUGUCUCGAAGCACGUCCAGGCGCGUGUGUCUGUCAUGGCGAAUGGGGCCGUUACUUUUCCUUCGUCGCGGCCCCUACGCGGUGUGGCGAACCACAGCAGAGUUCGGCACGCAAACAGCGGGCCAGACGCUCGGCGGAUGGCAACGGUGCCGCUCCCCAAUGUCACCACACGUCAUGAUAUUUUCUUGCAUCGUGGCGGUGGUGGAAAAAUGUGA